AUGUCAGCUAUCAAAGUUACAUACAAUGCUACGAUCCGUAAAUUAACGCUCCCCUUAACCAUAACCUGGACCGACCUGUCCGCUCAACUUCGACUCCUCUUCUCCAUUCCUCUCAAUGUUCCAAUUGGGCUUUCCUAUUCCGACGAAGAUGGGGACGUUAUUACGCUUUCUUCGGAUGUUGAACUAAGGCAUGUAUUGGAGUCAUCUAAGAGCUCUACUAUGUCUUUCGUGUUGAAUACUGGUAUUGAAGAUAGUGGAUAUGAGUCUUGGGUGCUUGAAGGAAGGUCAAAAUUAAGCAGUAAUGUACAAGCUGUUAUGAAUGAAGAUGAGGAGGAUCAAUCACAACCAAUGCUGACUUUGAGAAAUGUCGCAAGCGAAGGCAUUAUAUCUAAAGAGACUGACAAGAAGGACCGAAGAAUCUGCGAUAGCACUGGCAAUAAUGAGGAAAAUACCAAGAGUGAUAAGGAUGGUGAGACUGUUGUAGAGCAACCUCAAUUUACCCCGUCCGAACAACCUGGGCCAGAAACUAAUUUCGCCGGUCAGAUCCAAAAUUUGAUGGACCAACUCUACGAAAUCGCCCAACAAAAUCCUCAAUUAAGACAAACAGCCAAUUCAAUAGUAGAUCAAAUUUUUGAAUUCACUAACAACGGCGUCGAGAAUGCAGGUGGCUGGUUCAGGUCCUUUGCUGAUAACGAGUUGCCGCUGUCGUCACUUGGGAAUGCUAAUGAUCGACAUACGCGUGCGGCUUGUUCUUGUGAUAUAAAUAGACAACACAAUUGUGGUGGGCAGGCGUGCUCACAAAGAUCCAAUUCAUGUGCAGAAUUUCAAAAAAUUAUAGCGAUGUGUUUCAUGAAAAAGGCUCUUAAAAUAGUUCUAUUCCUGUUUUUAUUUUUUGCUGUGAUUAAAUUCUUCUUUGCCGUAUUGUCGAUAUUAUUCUUUGCAUCAUGGGUGUUGAUUCUAGCCUUCUCGUUUGCGAAAUUACGCCGACGAGGAUUUUUUGCUAGAAGACAUUGUCCAUGGGAGAGAAGAUCUUAUUAUCCAUGGAAUAGGUAUAAUACAUAUCCUCGCUAUUGA